AUGCAAAUUGACCAUGAUCCCUGCCACUGCCACUGGAGUCCUCCGCCACUGAACGUCUCCGCCGCUGGCUGUCUACGCUGGUGUGGUGGCCGUCAUCGCUGCUCACCGUCAUCGUUGCUCACUGGUCCACGGCUGCCACUGAACUACUGCAAAUCGAUAUCUGAGUCGGAUUACCACUGGUGGGGUCCACACUCAGAUCGAAGCGCAGCAACGGACCGAAGGCACCGGAAGGACCGAAAGGACCAAAAAAUUAGAAAGGACCGAAAGGAUCAAAAGGACAGAAAAUACCAUAAGUACAGAAAGGGCCGAAAGGACCGAAAGAAUAGAAAGGACCGAAAGGACCGAAAGAACGAAAGAACAAAAGGACCGAAAGGACUGAAGGAACCGAAAGAACGAGAGAACGAAAGAACGAAAGAACGAAAGAACGAAAGAACUAAAGAACGAAAGAACGAAAUAACGAAAGAACGAAAGAACGAAAGAACGAAAGAACGAAAGAACGAAAGAACGACGAAAGAACGAAAGAACGAAAGAACGAAAGAACGAAAGAACGAAAGAACGAAAGAACGAAAGAACGAAAGAACGAAAGAACGAAAGAACGAAAGAACGAAAGAACGAGUAAGUGUGGCAAUAACGCAUCAUCAAAGCGAGUGUCCAGCUGAACUGAAAUACAACUAA